AUGCUCUGGAACUGGUACACGGUCGACUCGUGCUUCAUCUCGUCGACGUGGCGCGUGACGUCGCGCGGCGCCUUCGCCGGGUCCUGCAUCGGCGUCAUCUUGCUCGUCGUGCUGCUUGAGUCGCUGCGCCGCGCCGUUAAGGAGUACGACCGCUACCUGCUCCGCCAGCACGCCGCUUCCCGACAACAGCAUGAGACUCUAUCGACGGGAAGAAGCAGCAGCGCCCACGGCUCCGACAAGGGCGGCCGCGCAGACACGCUGUAUGCCGCCGACGCCCCGGCGGUGACUACUACCGCGGGCUUCCGCCCUAGCGUGCUCCAGCAGGCUGUUCGUGCGUUUUUGCACAUGGCUCAGUUUGCAGUUGCCUACUUUAUCAUGCUCUGCUACUUUACUGGUUCGCUGGUUGACUGACUGUGGCCCAGGCUCGCCAUGUACUAUAACGGCUACAUCAUCAUCUGCAUCUUCAUCGGCGCAUACAUUGGCAGCUUCAUCUUCCACUGGGAGACCCUCGGCGGGAACCUGCAAACGAGUGCCGCGCAGGAGGCCACAGUCUGCUGCGGCUAGGUUUGGUUGGUGGUGUCUGUUUGGUGGGAAUGGGGGGCAAGUGGCAGGGGUCCUCUUGCAGCACGCCACGGACCACGCAGAUGAUUUGUCUGGGUCUAGGUCUAGGGCAUUGGUUGACGGUAAUCACGGGGGGUUGGUUGAGGCGGAUAGCAUGUCACGAAGGACAAUGCGGCAAGCGUACAAAUCUCCCAUUAACAUCAAUCUAAUACUAAGCUGCGUGCCGAAUGUGUCUUUGUGCAUCAUUUUUCCCAGAACCCGACGUCGGACAAUCUGAGC